AUGUCGACUCUGAGCUACAAGAAGUUCGAAGAUUCGGACUCAGGAGUUCUCCCUGACAAGAUGACAGUCUUCCAGGACUGUCUGCAGGCUUUCAAUGCUUCUCCGGUUCAGGCAAAGCGUUGUAGGAUGUUGUUGGCCCGUCUUCUACGCCUUUUAUACUCUGGUGAUUCGUUCCCAUCUACAGAGUCGACUACAUUGUUCUUUUCCAUUUCCAAGUUAUUCCAGCAUAAAGAUGUAUCUCUACGUCAGAUGGUGUACCUCACGAUUAAGGAACUCUCCAAGACUUCUGAAGAUGUAUUGAUGGUUACAUCUUCCAUCAUGAAGGACGCGCAAAAUGGUGAUAUUACUUAUAAACCCAACGCUAUCCGAACGUUAGCAAGGGUUUUGGAUGCAUCCACUGUCAAUGCCACUGAGAGACUUUUUAAGAAUAGCGUAGUGGAUAAGAAUCAAAGUAUUUCGUCUGCUGCGUUGAUAUCUUCGUAUCAUAUGUUGCCGGUUGCUAAGGACGUUGUCAAACGCUGGACUAACGAAACCCAAGGCACUAUAAGUGCAUCCAAAGUGUUCUUGACAUCACCUGUUGCCAAUCACGAGCAGUAUGGAUCACAAAAUUUGUCAUCGUUCAUCUACCAAUACCACGCUCUUGGGUUGUUGUAUCAUCUUCGAAAUCAUGACAAGAUGGCAUUAAUGAAGAUGAUCCAAUCUCUAAGCUCAAAUAACGUUUUGAAGCAUCCUGCGGCUUUGGUUCAGCUUACUCAUUAUAUUGCAAAAGUUUUGGAAACCGAUUCUUCUCUUGCAGGAAACUUUGAAUCAUACUUUGAGAUCGCCCUUCAAAACAGAUCUGAUAUGGUGGCCUUAGAGGCCGUGAAGACGAUUGUGACAAUCCCGGCAUUGUCAGGUUUGAUUGUUAAGGCUAUUUACGUUUUGGAUACUUUUUUGUCUGCUCCUAGGACUGUUGUAAGAUUUGCUGCCGUUAGAUUACUCAACAAAAUAUCUCUUACUAACCCAGAGAACAUUGUUGUAUGUAAUGGGUCCUUAGAAGGCUUGAUUAAUGAUUCAAACAGAGCAAUUUCUACUUAUGCCAUUACUACACUUUUGAAGACUGGUAACAAUGAUAACGUUGAUAGAUUGAUCAAGACUAUUGCUGGAUUUAUGGAUGAUAUAUCUGAUGAAUUUAAGAUUGUGGUCAUCGACUCAAUUCGUUCUCUUUCACUCAAGUUCCCAGAAAAACACAAGUCAAUGUUGUCCUUCUUGAACGAUAGACUUAGGGAAGAAGGAGGCUUCAACUUGAAAAACUCUAUUAUCGAAGCUAUUUUUGAUGUCAUCAAGUUUGUUCCAGAAUCCAGAGAAUCUUGCUUGGAGAAGCUAUGUGAGUUUAUUGAAGAUUGCGAGUUCACUGAACUGGCUGUGAGGAUCUUGCACCUUUUAGGUAACGAAGGUCCAAAAACUUCUAAACCAACGCUUUAUAUCCGUCACAUUUACAACCGUGUCGUAUUGGAGAAUUCCAUUGUUAGAUCAUCAGCAGUUAUCGCACUUUCGAAAUUUGCCCUAAUCGGAGAUGCUUCAAUAAACAAGAGUAUUUCUAUCUUGCUUACUAGAUGCCUCAAUGACGUUGACGACGAAGUCAGAGACAGAGCAGCACUGGCCUUGAAACUUCUUUCAACUGAGAAGUUUGACGAAGCCCGUGCAUUUAUUGACCCUGGAUUCAGCUAUUCUUUACCUAUUCUGGAACAAAAGCUGGCUCAAUAUGUGAAUGGUGACGAAGAAUCGUUCAACGUUCCUUUCGAUGGAUCUAACAUUCCAAAGAUCUCAGAAGACGAGGCUAGAGCGUAUGAGUACAAAGAAAAACUGAACUCUAUUGAAGAGUCGAUCCAGAAAGAAAGCAAACAACCUAAGGAGGAAGUCAGUGAGUUUGCCAAACACAAUCUAUUGCAACAACAAUACGCCCAAGAACUUUCAAGCAUUCCUGAGUUGGCAGCCUAUGGUGAUCUUUUGAGAUCGUCUCAUGUUGUCGAUUUAACAGAAAAGGAGACAGAAUUUGUUGUCACAUGUGUAAAACAUAUUUUUGCGGGUCAUAUUGUGUUACAGUUCAAUGUUGAGAAUACGUUGACAGACUUACAAUUAGACAAUGUAACAAUGGUGUCUGAACCAGAUUUUGAAGAAUUCGUCGAGGACUUUGUUGCUCCUAUUGAAAGUCUUAAGCCUCAAACUACAGGAUCCACUUACGUCUCGUUUACCAGAAGUGAAACCCUUGAGGGCUGUCUGUUCACCAACAAUUUGACCUAUAUUGCCAAGGAGGUUGAUCCUGCAACAGGUGAAGCAGCUGAGGGUGAUGAAGGAUUUGAAGAUGAGUACAGAGUCGAGAGUGUAGAUAUCGUUCCAGGAGACUUCAUAGUGCCAUCUUUCGCAGGUAACUUCACUAGCGUGUGGGAUUCGUUACCCAACCCCUGUUCAUCGGUAUUCAAUCUUUCUGAUGCCAAAGGAAUUGCAGAUGUUGUUGCGAAGUUAAUCAAGGACUCAUCAAUGUCGCCCUGUGACUCUAGUGAGCUAGUCGGCUCGCAUGCAAGUCAUACCCUGAAAUUAUUCGGAAAGAGUAUAAACAACGAAAACAUUGCAGCCGUAAUCAGAUUUGUAUACAAGGAAUCUGUGGGUGUUAUGGUUAAGGUAGAGGCUAAAUCUGUGAAUGCUGAACUCGGCACUUUCUUUGCAAACGAAAUUAUUGUUUGA